CUCUUUACCACCAUUUCACAACCCACAAGGCAGAAGCUACUAGCAGCUGCUGUCUUCAACAAACAGACACACCCCAUUUGGCUUCUGCAUCUUUUAUCUCCAAACCAGAAGUGAACUUUUGCAUCUCUCUGUGCUUCAUUACUUCAAACCCUAGAAAAUGGCGGAGCACGUGACGGAAAAUGGAGGGGUACCACUUGAGAGGAAAGUGAUGGUUGCCGUUGAUGAUGGUGAGUAUAGCCACUAUGCUCUCAUGUGGGUACUUGACAAUCUUGAGGAAUCUAUCACUAAAUCACCUCUAGUUAUCUUCACCGCACAGCCUCCUCCCAGCAAUAACCAUUCUUUUACUGCCGCUGCUCUCAGUUCUGCUCGCAUGUACUGCUCGGUUUCAGCCAAUCCGGAGUAUACUUACACUAUCCAAGACCAGAAUAAGAAGAUCGCGUUUGCUUUGCUGGAGAAAGCUAAAGAAAUUUGUGCUGGUCGAGGAGUUGAUGCUGAGACAUUAACAGAGGUGGGUGAUCCUCAAACAGCCAUAUGCGAUGCAGUUCAAAGGCUCAAUAUUAGCCUGCUUGUUUUAGGGGAGCGCGGCAUUGGCAAAAUCAAAAGAGCUAUCCAAGGAAGUGUGAGCAGUUACUGUCUUCACAAUGCAAAGUGCCCCGUUCUGGUAGUGAAGAAACCUUAAAAAAAUAAAAGUAUGUUAUGUUGUAAACUUGGAUUUAGACUACAUAUCUCUAUUUCUUGUAUAGAUAUUUGAGAUGAUUCAGCUGUAAAUUAUUUGUGUUAAAAAAAAGGUGGCGUUGCAAUGAAUGCCACACAAAGUUCAACCUCUCGAUGUUUUGUUAAAUGUAUUGAAUGAUCUGUAGUUUGUCAAAAACUUGUUAUUUUCAUGGAAUGUAUGUUGAAAGCACUGCUUUUUCUUUGUACCA